AUGGCUCUCUCUAGCCUUAACCCAAUUCUCCAAGCAAACUUAAAAAAAUUGGGCAUCCAAGCUUUGAAUACCUAUCAAAAACAAGCUCUGCCAGGCCUGCUCAGUGACCAAAACGUUUUAAUGGCUGGAGAAUCAGGUUGUGGCAAAUCUUUAGCAUGAAUGAUCGCAUUAGCCCAGAAAAUUUCCCAAGAAAAUAACAGAUCCCAAAUCCUUGAGCUCUUCCAAGAACAAAACCUGCAAUGAGCUUUCAAUAAGGAACAUGAAAAAUUUGAAAAUCUGGGCAAGCAUGGAGCUCUAAUAGUAAUUCCUAAUAGAGAAUUGAUCUUUCAGACCUAUACAACUCUGAGAAUGCUUUUUCCAGAACUAGCAAUUUUUCGAACAACAGGGAUGCAUGAUCUGGCUGGAGUUAUUCAGUUUUUCAAGGCAGAAUCUGCAAACGCAAGCCAGCUAAGAAAAUUAGGAUUGAUUAAUAUGGCCCGCAAUUUGGAUUGGAAUGCAUGGGAUAUUGCGAUUACCGGGGCAAGGGGUAUUGAAGUGAUAGUAAAUUAUUUGAAACAUGUGAAACAGUUUAAUUUUGAUCCUCGCACUGUGGUUUUUGAUGAAUGUGAUUUGCUGCUGACUGAUAGAUAUUAUGUGGAUCCUAUAUUUAAUGUGCUGAAAAAUAUUGGUACAAAAGGUAGACAGUUUGUGUGCUCUAUGUCAUCUUCUAAUGAUGAUAUAAGGUCUAUGACAAGUAUAAUAAGGCCAACUCAUAUAUAUACUUUCUUCGCUUGAAUUGGCUAUUCUGCCAAUAAUCUAAGUUCCUAUUUUAUAUAUAAAUCAGAAAUUAUUUCAAAGCGGACGAACUUAGUUGAGACUAAGAAUUAUACCAAUCAGAAAAUUAUGAAAGAGUAAGCUCAAACUUAAAAAUUGACUUUAUUCAACUUGGUGAAGAUAAUCACAAUAGCAUGACAGACAUUGAGCAUUUAAAACAUCUUUUAAAUGUAAGCAGAUCAAAAAAAUUCCUUAUAUAUGCGAAUACUGACUCUUUCUCCUUUAUUAACAAGCAAAAAAUUUUGUUCGCUUACGAUGGGUUUAAUAUUUUUUUAGCUUUCAAAGAUAAAUUUAUAUUAAAAUAUUAUAUUUUAAAUUUCAUAUAUAUAUAUAAUUUAUUUCGAAACUAGCAAAAACCCAAUUCUCAUUUUAUAUAAAAAAAAAUUCUUGUUUUUGGAGUUUUUUUUCUAAUAGUUUUGCUCAUUCAAAGAGAGGGGAGUAAGCAUAAGCUUGAAGACAUUAAAAAUAUGUUGGGUGAUUGUGGCAUUUCUUAUGCAACAAUAAAUACACAUAUGCUUGCAGAGCGUCGAGCAGAUGACUUUUAUAAAUUUUUGAGGGGAGAAGCAAGGGUUCUUGUGGCUUCUGAAAUUGUAACAAGAGGGCUAAAUUUAGACGUGGAGCAUGUAGUGCUUUUUGAUUCAGUAUCAAAUAACUCUUCAUUAUUGCAAAGAGUAGGAAGGGUUGGAAGAGGAGAAAAACAAGGGAAAAUCACUUGCUUUAUCAGACCUGGGGAUGAAUGGAUUAUGGAGAAGCUUAGACCAGGAGCCUUUUUGAAAAGUGUAAGUCCACCAGGAAGAGUCAUCAGAAAAAACUUAGGAGAGUACACAACAAGUAGUGGAGAAGAAGAUAAUAUGAUUACCAGCAGUGCAAAUAGUAGUGAUUCAGAUUAA